AUGGAGAUGAAACGUUCAAAUGAAAAUGACACAAUUAUUGAUGAGUCUCACAGGGCUGUGAAUAGAUCUUACCAUACAGCCGAGAGAUAUUACAAUAAUUCCUUGAAGAGGAAACUUGAAGGAAUGACUCAGCCUCAUCUGUGCUGGACCAAAUUGGCAUCAUUUGUCUUUGGGUCGUGCUCCUCUUCCACUCCACCACUACUAACAGUUGAUGAUUGCAAACCGACUGACGCAUGCGUUGCCAACGGUGGUUAUUGCAUCCAAAGCAAGAAGAAAGAAGACUGCAGUGGCCUCUUCUUUCCCAAGGAAUGCAAGUCAGCACUAUGUUCCUGCUGUGUGGAAGACUCAAAGGCAACUACAACCACUACUUCUCUGGGAACGACCACUUCUGUAACGACCACACAAACAACAACUGACACAACAACUGCCACAGUUGCCACCGACAAGGAGACCGCUAGUUCCAGUCCUGGGGAGACAACAGCCACUACAGCUGCAUCUGAAGCAACUUCAACCAGCACCUCUAAGGAAACAACCACCCUUGUAACGACCACACAAACAACUACAACCGCUCCUUCAACAACUGCCACAGUUGCCACCAACAAAGAGACUGCUAGUUCCAGCCCUGGGGAGACAACAGCCACUACAGCUGCAUCUGAAGCAACUUCAAUCAGUACCUCUACGGAAACGACCGCCCUUGUAACAACCACACAAACUACUACAACCGCUCCUUCAACAACUGAAGUAUGUAACAGCAACUGGAUACCACACGGAAAUUCUUGCUACUUCUUCAGCCCCAUCAUUGACAUUGCAGACUGGAAUACAGCCAAGAAAAAGUGCAUCGAUAUGAAAAGCAAUUUGACAAUGAUCACCAGUGAUGAAGAAUACACAUUUCUCUAUGAUAACGUUGUGGAUCGUGGAUGGAUUGGGAUGCAUUCCCCAUAUUCAAACAAGACGUAUUUGUGGAUUGACGGCACUACUCCAGCUAUAAACAAUUACAUCUGCAAACACCGGCUGGUCACUGCAAAACCUAACUGAAGCUGAAGCGGUCAGUAUAAAGGAGCUGCUUCGAAGAGGACCACCAAAACGGCUAUGGAUACGACUUCGUCUUUCUGAUGUCUUUGUUUGGAUAUGUAAAUGACUUGACAUUCAUUUUAGAUGUUUAGAUACAUGUGAAAGCAUGUAAAGAGAAUACAUAUCACAUGUAUGUAUUUAUUCAAGGAAACAACUGGUUUUUGAGGUAUUUAUCAAUUGAAAGUAAAAACAAUCUACAAGAAAAUAAAUAUAAUGCAAG